GAAAGGAGCGAGAUUCCAGGCAGGGUUGACUCUAUAUUUGUACUUUUCUCUCUCCACAAAGAAUCCCCAUUUUAUAAUAAUCCUUUCUCUUUUUCUCUCUCUACCAAAACUCUAAUCUCGAGAGACCUUCGGAUCUCUCUCUCUCCUCUACUCUUCAUUCAUUCUUCAUUCCUAUAAUAAUUGCGAUUUUAUAUCUUUUCUUCGGAUAUUCAUUAAAUUAAACAGGAAAAAUGGCCUUAUCUAUUAAGCAGUUUUCGUUGAUAGUGGCCUUUUCUGGUGUGUUGUCCUUCAUUUUUGGAGUUGUUGCUGAAAACAAAAAGCCUGCUGCAGGGACACCAGUCCCAGGAAUAGGUGUUGUUAUGUGCAAAUAUCCUUCUGAUCCAACAGUAGUGUUAGGGUAUCUAUCCCUUGCAUUCCUCUUAGUAUCAACAGUUUUCGGGCUGUGGUCAUUGUUUUAUCCAUACAAGGGAAAGUCCAUUCCACAAGGUGCUUUAUUCAGGAGCACUACCUUUAUGGUAUUCUUCAACAUUGCUUUGUUCACAGCAGGAUUAGCUGCAGCCCUGUUGUUGUGGCCUACACUCACAGAGCAAUUCCACCUGAUGCACAAUGUUCACCGCAACAAGUCUGAUUGCCCUACCGCGAAAACUGGUCUGCUCGGUGGUGGUGCUUUUGUGUCCCUUGAUUCAGCACUUUUCUGGUUGGUGGCACUGAUGUUGGCUGACAAUGCCCGUGAGGAUUACUUUGAGGAGGUAGAAAAGGACCCUAAGACUGAACAUGGACAGAUCACAGCAUGAUGAUGGUUCCUCUGGUUUAUUAUUUCUUUACACAACUUAAUUGUGCAGAAGUUUAAUGUGUAAAUUUGGUUUAUGGUCUUAUUUUAUAUCUGUUUCUUUUUUAAUUUAUAUAUUUGAAAGAUUCAACUUUUAUUAGCUUACUUUUGGAUAAUAAUAUUAUGUUUGAUUUGAUGUAAUAUACUUAAAUAGUGAACUUAUUAACUACUC